CAGCUACUACUACAUUUCGACAGUCUACAAACUACAAUCUGUCGGAGUCGAUUACUCCCGUCACCUCAAAAAGCGCUCCUGGAGGCGGGAAUUUAUAGGGACCGAGGCGUGGUUCACCAUGUCCGAUCGCCGAUUACUAGUGAGGUCGUGUAUUGAACACUUGAUCGCGGAAUCGACUGGGACAGUCGGGUCGUUUUAACAUAGAUACCACGCUCGGAGUACGGCGUUCAGUUCAAUACUCCGAUUUGCCUCUACUGAGAGCCAAUCAACAUGGUCUAUGCUGGCCGCAGCCGUGGGUGUCAUUUGUGCCGCAAGAGGAAAAUCAAGUGCGACGAAGCGCUUCCAGAAUGUGGCAACUGUCGCGUAUACGGCCGGCCUUGUCCAGGGUACAGGCUCGAAUCCAUUUUCAGGAAUGAGACGUCUAAGGUCGAGCAGCUUGUCAAAAAGUCCGCUGGUUGCUUAGUACCUUCUGACUCCGGCAUUCAACGGGCUCGUCGGCUCAGACGAGAUGCUAGAGCCUCCCCUUCAUUGACUAACUACCAAAUAGCUGACUCCACGUGGGAGGAGCGAGCUCGCUGCUAUUUCUUCGAUCAGUAUACAUCUGGCGACGACUCGGACGAGGCUAUGAGCUACUUGUCAUUUUUGCCGUCUCUCUAUUCGGCUUGCCGGGAGAAUCGGCCUGAAAGCGCCACGGCUGCGUCUAUGUGUCUGUGUCUUGCUGUCGAUGCCACGGCCCUCAUGACGCUGAGCAAUCAUGUCAAUGCCCCCCCGCUUAUUUUGCAUGCCAGGGAAUACUAUGGUAGGGCAUUAAGGGAACUACAGCAAGCGUUAACUACUAAGACGCAAGCUGUUAAGGAUGAGACCUUUGCGACUAUGGUCUUGCUGGCGCUGUUUGAGGAUAUUACAGGCGAGCGGAAUGGGCUUGCAAGUUCCCAUGCCGCAGGGUUUGAACUUUUGAUGAAGCUGAGAGGGGAGGGCCAGCUGGGGAAUCCACGAGGGAGAGAUCUAUUUCAUUUUGCAUAUACCCAUACGCACGUCGAGAUGCUCGCUCUCCGGGGAAAACCGCACUACAAUACAGACUGGAUAGUCGAGCGCCUAAACGGCGCAGACCCAAUCGCACGAUUGAUCCUCAUCGCAUCCAAAAUGAGCCAGCUGUUCUUGGCCACAUCAUCGCUCCAGGCAUCGGCCUCGACUUCAGCUUCAGCUUCAGAACCGACUAUCGCAUCCUCCAGCGCGAACACCAACACAAAUGCAGACGACAUCUCCCGUCUCACCCUUCUCCUCCUCACAGGCCGCCAAAUCGACCUCGAACUCACAUCCUGGAGUCAGGACCUGCCCGAACGCUGGUUACCCAUCGUAGUCUACCCCGAUAAAUCUCCCUCUAGAUCUAGCACUAGCACCGUGGCUUACGAACCCCUGAUCACAUACCAUCACCUCUCUAUCGCCUCCGUAUGGACAUACUACCGCACAGUCCGCAUAGUCUCCCAUCUAAUCAUGCUCGAACUCCGACGGACUCUCGCUGCCGCUACAGGCACAGACGCAUCCGUUGAAGACACCCCAGCAGCAGCACGAACCACACCAGCAAUCAUCCAGAAACAAAUCACUGAUAUCUGCCGCAGCAUCCCCUUCUGUCUGGGCGACGUUGACGUCAACGGAAACCGCACGACAUCGCCUUCGGCGGGCUCGGCGUCAGCGCCAGAUGGAAUCAGCAAGCCGCAGCCCCGCGCCCGCGCGUUCUCCGUUUACAGCAUGAUCUGGCCGCUGUGGUAUAUUCUUUCCUGUGGGCUUGCGACGCCGGCGCAGGAGGACCAGAUUCGCACUUGCCUUGCAAGGAUUGGGUCUGUGCUUGGCAUUAAGCUUGCGCUUGUGUUGGCGGAGGAUGCGGAGAGUCAGAGACGGCCGCCGAUUAGUCUUGAGGGAGUAAUGUUUCCAGGCCCUGAAUCAGAGCCGGGCCGUUGA